GUUCAUCCAGCCACGAACGAUCGCAUUUGUUCUGAAAUCUUGCCGAGACCGUUUUAUACCCUGCAGCUAAACUGAGCAAGUCCGGAAAAUCGAAAACGAUGCCUCAUCCGGAAUUGACCCUCAUCGUAGCCGCGACCCGGGACAUGGGUAUCGGCCUCAACGGCACCCUCCCUUGGACGGGGCUAAAGAAGGAGAUGGCCUACUUUGCGCGGGUGACCAAGAGGCUACCGCCGCAGACCCAACCCCCAGCCAUAAACGCCGUCAUAAUGGGCCGCAAGACAUGGGACAGCAUCCCGUCCAAGUUCCGCCCGCUAAAGGGCCGCCUCAACAUCGUCAUCAGCCGCUCCCCCAGCACCAGCGCCAGCACCACCGCCAGCACCUCUUCCGGAGACGAGGGCCCCGUCCACGCGACGUCGCUGGAGCAGGCCCUGGAACAGCUCCGCGCCGCGCGCAGCAGCAGCUCGGGCCGGGUGUUCGUCGUGGGCGGGGCGCAGGUGUACGGCGCGGCGCUGGGAUCGGGGCUCGCGCGCCGGGUGCUGCUUACGAGGGUGCUGACGGGGGGGAUCGAGUGCGAUACCUUCUUCCCGCUGGGGGCGCUGCGGGGGGAAGGGAAGGGGGAGGAGGGGUGGGCGAGGAGGUCUAAGGAGGAGAUGGAUGCGUGGGUGGGUGAGGUCGUGCCCGAGGGGGUGCAGCUGGAGGGGGAGACGGAGUAUGAGUUUGAGAUGUGGGAGAGGGUGGAUGGUGAUGGUGGUGAUGGUGGCGAUGGUGGUGAGAGUUGAUUCUGGUUGUGUGUCUAUGGUGUAUACCCCCGGCUCUCCCUCCCGGUUCCGUUCUUCUAGUCUAAUAAUAGAUUUUACAUGCAAUUUCUCCUGGUUUUGUA